AUGCACCGGGACCGCCCACGCUAUGUGAUCGACAGGCCGGCGUAUAACCUCCCAGACUUCGACGGAGAGUUUGACAAGAAGAGUCGACAGUUCCCUGUUGGAGAGAAGGUGAAGAAACUCUUCAGAUGCUCCGUGCUGCGGCUGAGGGGCUUGUUAUUCACACACCUGCCCGUACUGAGCUGGCUUCCCAAAUACAAAGUGAAAGAGAGGCUGCUGUGUGAUGUCGUCAGCGGGGUCAGCGCCGGCACUAUUCAGGUUCCCCAAGGUAUGGCAUUUGCCCUCCUGGCAAACCUGCCUCCAGUCAACGGUCUCUACUCCUCCUUCUUCCCCCUCAUCCCGUACUUCUUCAUGGGCACCGCUCACCAGAUGGUCCCAGGUACCUUCGCUGUCCUCAGCAUCAUGGUGGGGAUGGUGUGUCUGAGGCUGGCGCCGGAGUCCGACUUCAGUCAUUUCAAUGCCACACUUAAUGCGACGGUUGUGGACACGGACCAGAUGAAUGAGGUUCGUCUGGGGAUAUCUGGAACCCUGGCCUGCCUCACUGCACUCAUACAGAUCGGCCUCGGCUUCAUGCAGUUUGGGUUUGUAGCCAUCUAUCUGUCCGAGUCCUUCGUCCGAGGCUUCAUGACGGCCGCAGGACUGCAGAUCCUCAUCUCAGUGCUCAAGUACAUCUUCGGCAUCCAGGUGCCACCUUACAGCGGUCCGCUGGCCGUUAUAUACACUCUUGUAGAUAUUUUCCGUGGCCUUCCUGAAACCAACAUCGCGUCGUUACUUUUUGCUGCGGUCAGCAGCGUGGUUCUGAUCGUGGUGAAGGAGCUGAACGCACGCUACCGCCACAAGCUGCCCUUCCCCAUCCCCAUGGAGAUCAUAAUCGUGGUGGCGGCCACGGCCAUCUCAGGCCCGCUGCAUCUCCCGGACAUCUAUCACAUGGACAUCGUGGGGGAGAUUCCUUUGGGGUUCCCAGCCCCCAUCCUGCCGACGGUGAGUCAGUGGGACGAAAUGCUGAGCACGGCGUUUUCUCUGGCGAUCGUCGGGUAUGUCAUAAACCUGGCUAUGGGCCGGACUCUGGCAGCCAAGCACGGCUACGACGUGGAUCCCAACCAGGAAAUGUUGGCUCUUGGCUGCGGCAACUUCCUGGGGUCCUUCUUUAAGAUCCAUGUGAUCUGCUGCGCUCUGUCUGUGACGCUGGCUGUGGACAGUGCUGGUGGAACGUCUCAGUUUGCCAGUCUGUGUGUGAUGCUGGUCGUCAUGGUUACCAUGCUGGCGUUGGGAGCCUUCCUGAAGCCGCUCCCUAAAUCGGUGCUCGGAGCCUUGAUCGCGGUGAACCUGAAGAACACGCUGCUGCAGCUCUCCGACCCGUUCCACCUGUGGAAGAAGAGCAGGCUGGACUGCUGCGUGUGGGUCGUGUCGUUCCUCGCCACGUUCUUUCUCAGCUUGCCUUACGGAGUAGCCAUCGGCGUGGGCUUCUCCGUCCUGGUGGUCAUAUUCAAGACGCAGUUUCGUAAUGGUUCUGCAGUGGCUCAGGUGGUGGAUACAGAUAUCUACAGAAACCCCAAGGUGUACAGUAAGGUGACGCAAAUAACAGGUGUGAAAAUACUCAACUACUGCUCACCGCUCUACUUUGCAAAUGCAGAAAUAUUUCGCCAGAGGGUCGUCAGAAAGACCGGCCUGGAUCCUGGGAAGCUCAUCCUGGCCCGGCGGAGGUUCUUAGAGAAAGAGCAGAAGGACAAAGUGAAAGAGGAGGAGGAGGAGGCGAGAAGGAGGAAGCCCAGCUCGUUGGUGAACAUGAAGACUCAGACCGUAUCUCAGCUGGAACUGCAGGAUGACUUUGAUCUGAGCGAUGGCGGUGCCAGCCAACCCGAGCCUCCCACCAGCUAUGUCAACUUCCACUGCAGCGACAUUGAGUCGGGCGAGCAGGCGCCGGACCGGGAGCCGCCCAGCCCCACGCUGGAGUCGCAGCCCGUGCCCUUCCACACCCUCAUCCUGGACCUGGCAGGAGUCUGCUUCAUCGACCUGAUGGGCAUCAACGUGCUGAUAAAGAUGAACUGCAGCUACGCCACGCUGGGCAUUAAACUGUACUUGGCUAAUGUUCAAGCUCAGGUGUAUGAAGAGCUGGAGGCCGGAGGAGCGUUUGAUGACGGAAAUAUCGGACGCGGUAAUCUCUUCCUCUCCGUUCACGACGCCGCCGUGUUUGCUCAGCAGACCUCCGGAGAGAGACAGGCAGACACAGCGAGACAGGGAGCCUCUAACAUUAAUGAGGAGAAAGACCUGGAGCAGGAAAUGUUUGAGCACUGAUUGCUGCAGUGAAGAUGAGCAGAAGGAACGUGCAGAAGAUACUAACUGUGAUCUUCAAUGUCACUGUAAUUUAUGGAAACGCAUUGUUGCCAGAAUACAUCCUGUGCUUGAUCUUGUGUCUCUGCUGACUAUCAAUUAUCUAAAUAAAA